UCCAACCUAAGCUUCCCUAAUCUCCAUCCGUCCAGCCGCCCACCUAUGUACCGCAUCUCGCCGCCUGCCGCCCAUUGCCCGUCGUCCAGCCGCCGCCCGCCUUCCAGCCGCACCCACCGUCCAGCCGCUCACCCGUUGUUCGUCACCUCGCCAAGUUGGAACGAUUUAAAAGAUGUAGCAGAUAAUAUAAAAUUGUGUUUGAAUUCGAACAGAAAGAAGGGCGAGGCCAGAGAAGCGGAGAAGACUCCGAUGACGGCGUUCAAGAAGUGGCAGCACCCGACAGCUCUGGUUUCCUUCGAUCUGGCUCUAUUUGUGAAGUUUGUUACUACCUGUAGAUGAUAUUAGAUCUGAGUGACGCCGCCCAAGCCUAUUAAUUUUUUCUCUGAUUUAGGUUUCUUUUCUUCAUUCUUUUUUGUGAAUUUUGCACAAUUGCACUUCGGACAGUUGUCUGUAGCAUCACAAGGAGGACCCCUUUUGAGGAGCGCAAGGGAUUUUUAAGGCUUUUAUUAUGAUGAGUCAAUUUAGGAUUAUGACCAUUUAAUAUGGCAAUUGAGCAUUGACAAAGAAUAUGACAAUAAGUAUUGAGUGUGAUAGUGAAUAUGGCAAUAUAUAUGUUGUAUAUGGCAGUGAAUGAAUGCGUUAAGGAAUUUUGUUGUGCA